GCGGGGUGCACGAGUGAAAUGAAAGUGAACUCCCUAUAUAAAGGGUGGUUUUGUCCGAAUGCAUCAGAAACAAUCUUAUUUAUCAAACAAGCAUAACAUACCAAUUCAUCCAACAUGAGAGUUCUGAUCUGUCUGAUGCUGGUCUCGGUGGCCUUUGCCGCAGAAGAAAAAGCAGUGAACAAACGCGGUCUCUUCGACCUGGGAUACGGAGGAUACGGAGGAUACGAAGGAUACGGAGGAUACGGAGGAUACGAAGGUGGACACGGACACGGACACGUCCAUACCGUCGCCAUCCAGAAGACCGUCGCCGUUCCCGUUCCCCAGCCCUACCCCGUUGACAGGCCCGUCGCAGUCCCCGUUAAGGUACCAGUUGGCUACCCAGUAGCCCACCCCGUUCCGGUACCGGUGCCAGCCCCUUACCCGGUGGUGCACACCAAGACCGUAACGGUUCCCGUCGACAGACCAUACCCAGUCCCCGUCAAGGUGGCAGUCCCCGCUCCCUACCCCGUCAAGGUGCCAUCUCCAGUCCCCGUAGCGGUUCCCCACCCAGUUCCGGUGCCUCACCCCGUUCCAGUCGUCGUUAAACAAACGGUUCCAGUUCUGGUUGGACACGGUUCUUACGGUGGACAUGGUUCUUACGGUGGACAUGGAUACGGUGGUUACGGACACGGAUACGGAUACGGAGGUCACGGACACGGAUUCUAAACUAGAUCCAAUAGGCAGCCAUUCCGAAGACCGUUUCUGAGAACGAAUUUGAGAAGGAUAAAUAAUUGAAAAAAAAAAAUAAACAAAAAACUAGACGAAUGGAAAAAAGCGAAAAAAAUCAUCGUUGUAACUGCAGCAUCGUGUAACAGAGUACCAGGUAGCGAUACGCUGGAGACAAAAAAAAAAAAAAAUUACUCCACACGUCGAAUGUAACAGCAUCAAGCAGUCAAAUUCUCAUGCAAUAAAAUAAUUUUCUAAUAUUUUCUAAAAAAGAAA